GUUAAUAGCAUUGCGGCUGAGUUGUGCGCGGUCGUCACUCUGGCAUAGAUAUUUUGACAAGUCACAAUAAAGUCACUUAUAAGUGACAUUUAAGUGAUAGGCCCUAGUGAUAAGCAAUCAUGGUUAAUUUUCGGGUAGCUCUCGCAUUUGUAGCGUGCUUUAUUGUAGUGACGUCAGCACAGUCACCUAAAGCCAGAAAGAAGCCUGCCAACCCCCCAGCUCGUGCCAGAGAAGAGAGCGAGGCUGACCCGGAGAUCACGAACUUAUGUCCUGAAGAUGGAUACUUUGCUGACGCCGAACAGUGUGACAAAUAUUAUGAAUGCAGGGGUGGUGAUAUAAUUGAGAAACUUUGCCCAGACGGUAUGGUGUUCAACGACUACAGUCCACAGGAAGAGAAAUGUGAUUUACCUUUCAACCUGGACUGCUCUCAGAGACCCAAGCUUCAAACACCUCAACCUUCCCUCCACUGUAUUCGUCAAAAUGGCUACUUCUCUCACGAGGAUCCUAAGGAAUGCGGUAAAUUCUACUUUUGCGUUGAUGGGAAAUUCAACAUGAUAACCUGUCCUGAUGGCUUGGUCUACAACGACAAGACCGGCAUCUGCACUUGGCCUGAUGAAGCUAAAAAGAAGGGAUGUGGCGCUGCAGAGGUAUUCCAGUUCGAAUGUCCGGCUGUUAAUGAAACCUUCGGUCUGACCCACCCUCGGUAUGCGGACCCUGACGAUUGUCAGUUCUUCUACGUUUGUAUCAACGGCAACACCCCCAGGAGAUCUGGAUGCAAGCUCGGACAGGCCUUUGAUGACGUCAGUAAGAAGUGCGAAUGGGCUAGGAAAGUUCCUGAAUGCGCUGAGUGGUACAAAGGGCAGUUGACUGAUGCGGAGUUGGAUGCCCUCGAGAACCCACCUACUCCGAAACCCAAGCCUGCUGGUAGUCCUUCGCGCCGGAAGCCGCAACGCCCAAGCAAAGGGAAAACAGUUCAAAUAGAAGAUGAAUAGAUUAUUUGUAUCCAAUUUUCUGUUUAGGUUUAAAUAAAUAAAAUUAAGUGCCACUU